GACAGUGUACUUGUUGGCGCAUAAUGGCUUCGAAUAAUGCAUUCCGUAUUAUGGGCUACAUUUAUGUUGGAUUGUGUCUGAUUAGCUCGCUUUUGCUUAUAAUUAAUUCAAGCUACACGUUGAAAGCCACUGGAUACGAAUGGGUAAUGGAUCCACCUGAUCGUUUUAGGAUGAAGGCAAUUGGAUACGAAGGGGCAAUGAAUCCUCCUCAAAGUUUUCAGAUCAUAAGUACCAAUACCAGUGUCACCAGCGUAACCACUCUUAUAUUUGCAAUAAUUUCCAUGAUAUUUAACCUGUGUUUGUUGCUAGGAUUAAGGAAGCGCAACAUCACUCUAGUAAAGUGCCACCUGUACUACAUAACCACAGUAUUUAUCCUGAUGGUACUGGGCUUGUUCAUUGGCUGCAUCGUGGUAGGAGUAUUAGUCGGCGGAAAUCCUUCUUAUAGCACUGUAGAAGAAAACAGCGCUACAGUGAUUGGCGUGACUUUGUUGUUCAUUUUUUAUACAACAGUAAUUACACUAAUUUUCACUCUUGCGGUUUGGAUUCUGAAUGGCGUUAUUGGAAACAUUAGAAUCGAGGAGGUCAGACACGGGAUGAACGGACAAGAUCUCAUUGCAGGAGUUUAAAAAAGUAAUAUUCCACCACUAAAAAUGGCGCGC